AUGAAAGGAAAAACGGAAUACUUAGUUAAGUGGAAAGGAUGGAAAACGAAACAUAACACAUGGGAGCCAGAAACGAAUAUUAUCGAUAAACGAUUGAUAGAUCAUUUUAAGAAACAUCGAGUUUCAUCUCAUCCAAGAAGGAUUCUUAAGAUUGAACCGAGUGAAGAAGAAGACAACGCAGUCAUUGACGAACCGUUGUGUCAUAUCAGAUCAGAAAAAAAACCAGAUUCUAUUUCAAAUAAUAAUAUUCCUGAAACACUGGAGAUUAAUAACAAUGAUAACCAUAAUAAUGACGACAUCAACGAAGAUUCAGAAACAAUAACUCCUACUUACACAUCUCUUGAAUUUUGGCAUCCAAAACCGAAUGAGCAAAAAUUUGCGAUUACAGAUGUUGUAUGUAACGAUGUGACAGUAACCGUACGCGAAUAUUCUAAAUUUGUAUCAUCGGCUGCAAUCAAAGAGAACGAAAUCAUAUAUUUUGGUGGUCGUGCAGCAUUUCAUUUCAAUCUGUUUACAUCGUUUACAUCAAAUCUAAUUUUUUGUCAUUCGUCAUUCAAUGGUUUUAUCAAUGCAUAUAACCGUACAAUUGAACUAAUUCAAAAAUAUGAUUCAAAUCAAAAAAUAUCAGUGAAAGAUCAUCGUUUAGAUCCAGAAUUAUUCCAGAAUACAUGGUUGAUGGUUGAAUUAUGUUUUUCCAAAGUCUAA